AUGGUUGUCAGGGGCACUCCAUUUGCGGGCUACUUCAAUCGCGAGUACAUCGAGUCUGCCAUGGACUACGUUCAUCGCAAGGGUGACCUCUUCAUAGUGACCUACGUCAAGUGUGGGACCACAUGGAUGCAGCACAUCGUGUACCUCAUCCAAAACGAUGGCGUACCUCCAGAAAAUGCUGUAGAAUUCUACAGGGCGUCGCCGUUCAUCGAGGUCUGUGGAGCUGAAUGCAUGCAAUGGGUAAAAACACCCGGUGCCGUCAAGACCCAUCUACCGCUGCACCAGAUACGCUACUCUCCCGAGGCCAAGUACAUCGUCGUCAUAAGGAAUCCAUUCGAUGUCGUGGUGUCGAUGCACCAUUUCUGGUACAUGAUAUCAGCGUACGGUUACGAGGGUGACUUCGAUGACUCCUUCGAAAACUUCAUGGACAAUUACAUCGAGAGUGGGGACUACUUUUCCUUUUACAGGGACUGGUACAAACGCAGCGCUGAUCCUAACGUACUCUUCGUUGUCUACGAAGACAUGAAGAAAGACCCUGAGGCGGCCAUACUCAAGGUCGCAAGGUUCCUCGGACCUGAGUACGAGCAACGCCUGCUGGCCAAUGACCGAAAGAUUCUCAAGGACGUGAUCAAGUACAGCAGCGUCGAUGAGAUGAAGAAGUACACCAACGAUAUGAUACACAAGUUCUACGCAGCGGAUUUCGCGUUCCAAGGACAGGAGUAUGGAGGUCUACGUAAGCUACACGAAGUCGUGCACAAUGGGUCUGCCACCUCCGCCGACAAGAUAACUUACGUCCGCAAGGGCAUGGUUGGAGACUGGAAGAAUUACUUUUCUCCAGAACAGGCGAAGAGGCUGAAGGAGAGAUUUCGACAGGAAACGAAUGGCUCUGGUAUGGCUCAUUUGUGGCCUGAUAUGGGAUUACACGAGUGAGAGGAUGGAGGUGCAUGAUUUCAGUCAUAAGUCUGUCGCAAGAUACCGUGUCCUAGCAUCACAGCUGUCGUGUAGGCAAA